AUGUCUUUUCGAGAUUUGAAGAGUAAGAAAGCUAAGUCCGAUGGCCCCAAGAUCCCUAGAAGUUGGUUCCGUUGUCCCCGUAAAGCUCGUAAAUUGAUUGCAAAUCGCUUCAUGGCCUUCAAACAACCCAUCGCUAGACCGUCUACCAAUCGCGUUUUUGUGGAGAGGCUUUUCUCUCCAGACAUGCUCAUUCAGGCUCUUUCGGUUCGCAAAAUGUCCCUCGGAUUGUGGAUUGAUCUCACCACCAAAGAGACCUUCUACUGUCAUGAGAAGAUCAGGGAGAAGGGAAUUCAGUGCGUUUCACUGCCUUGUGCAGAAUCCAACAGUCCCCCCACCCUCACGAAUGUCCGUUUGUUCGCCAUGUACGUUGAUCAGGCGCUGCAGAAGCGUCCCAACGGUGUCAUCGGCGUUCACUGUCUUCAUGGUUUCAAUCGCUCUGGCUUCCUCAUUGUCUCCUACUUGGUGGAGAGGCUCGGAUUCUCCCUUGACGCGGCCCUUAAGUGCUUCAAAAAGGCUCGUCCCCCCGGCAUUUACAAGCAGUCUUACAUCCGUGAACUCUACUUCCGAUACGAUUCCAUCAACAACGUGCCCCCUUCCUCCCGUCUGCCGCCCUGGCACUUCAAGUUGUCCACCAUCGCCAAGAAUCCCGAUUACUUGUCCCACAUCCCGAAGUCAACGGCUAGUCUCAAGAGGCGUCGCGAAGAUCUUGAUUUCAUCGAGGAGAGAAAGGCCAAGAUCUUCAAGAGAAACACUGAAGAUGGUGGCCUUCCUUUCAGCGCAGAUUUCAAGGGUUUUACUCCCGUUUCCGAUCCCAUGCAACUCCACGAGCUGCAAUUGCUUUGCCAAAGCAUGUGCAAGUGGAAAUCCCUAGAAUUCCCUGGUGUUCAGCCCCUUUCCAUGAACAAAGAUGAUCACUUCGAUCUGCUGCUCUCCAAGCCCUAUUGCGUGUCCUGGAAUGCCGAAGGCACUCGAUUCAUGAUGCUUAUCAUUGGUAAGGAUCAGAUUUACGUGUUCGACAGGAGUUUCAGGUGUUUCCGCGUUUCUGGUCUUCAUUUUCCCCUCCGCUCGGAUAUUCGGUAUCAUAUCACCCACACCCUGCUCGAUGGCCAGCUGGUCUUCGACAAGGUGGACGGCGUUGUCUACCCGCGCUUCUUAAUCUUCGAUAUCAUCCGGAUCAAUGGCCUCAGCGUCUUCAGGCAGCCCUUCUUUCCCGUUCGCUACGAUUGCAUUUACCGCGAAAUCAUUCAGCCCAGAGAGGAAGCGCUCAAAUGCGGAAUCCUCGACAAGGCUUCUGAGCCCUUCUCCAUCAGGCAGAAAACAUUUCAUGCCUUGUCCCGCUGUCAGUUCUUCUUGUCCCCGUCCUUUUUGAAAGACUUCGGUCACAACUCCAACGGCCUCAUCUUCCAGUCCACCGAAGAUCCCUACACUCCCGGCGUGUCGCAGUCCUGUCUCAAGUGGAAGUCCCCGUCUAAUGUGUCUUUAGAUUUCAGGUUGCAGAUCGUCAGCGAGGGAGACAGUGACCCGCACAAGAAGAUCGGCUUGUUGUGGGUCGAGGGUUUCAGUAGUGCAGUCGCGAGGGUGAAUUCUGUGGCCACCCUUGAGGAGUUUCACUACAAAAUCAUCGAGUGCGUGUACAGCGACGGUCAGUGGAUUGCCUUGCGCGAGAGGAAGGAUAAGAAGUCGCCGAACAACUUCGAAACCUUCUUGAGUGUCUGUUCAACCAUCAAGAACCCCGUCGAUUCUGCUGAUUUCUCCAAAUUUGGUUGA